ACUUGGUCUGUCAUCAAUAAUUUAUGGCAGCUAUUAGUCCUAGCUCCUCGUCCUCUUCCACCCCCAUUAUGAGGUAUUUCACCGGUUUGUCUCUAAUUCUAAGCCUGACUCUGUGUUCUUUGGACAAGGGCUUUGCCUUAGCAGAAGGAGAUUCAAAAGAACGUCUCCUUCAUCAUCAAUACACCCACACAGUUGAUCUCCGCUCUCUACUGCCAGCAACCACCUGCAGCCCCUCCACCAGAGGUAAUAAAAGUAUGGCAUCUCUUGAAGUGGUACACAAGCAUGGGCCAUGCUCUCAUCUUCCUCAACUCAAAGCGACUGCUAUGAAUCACACUCUAAUUCUCGAGCAAGACCAAACGCGAGUCAACUCAAUCAACUCCCGGAUUUCCAAGAAAUUGAACGGCAAUGAGGAUCUAAGCCAAUUGGAGGCCACCACCGUUCCGGCCCGGUGGGCAAGCAGCCAAAAUGCAGGCAACUACAUGGUGACGGUGGGAUUGGGCACACCUAAAAAACAACUUUCACUCGUAUUUGACACCGGAAGCGACCUCACUUGGACUCAAUGCCAACCUUGUUCUGAAUCUUGCUACCCACAAGAGGAGCCCAUUUUCGAUCCCUCGGCCUCUUCCUCAUAUACCAACGUUUCCUGUAACAGCACAGAGUGCGUCCAACUCAGGACAUCUACGGAAUCUGACAAAUGCUUAGGAGACACAUGCCCAUAUUCCGUGACGUACGGAGACUCAUCUUACACCACUGGAUAUUUCGCCACAGACAAGCUGACCUUAACUCCUAACGACGUGUUCGAUGGGUUCUUCUUCGGCUGCGGCCAAGAAAACGUAGGUUUCCACGACGGCUCGGCCGGUUUACUUGGUCUCUCCCUCAACAAGUUCUCCAUCGUCGAACAAACCGCACAAAAGUACAGCCGCUUCUUCUCCUACUGUCUGCCACCAACCGCAAGCUCCACCGGUUACCUCAGCUUCGGCGCACCCAGUGGAGCUUCCAAUGCUGCCGUCAAAUACACGCGAAUCACUAACUUAUCCUCGAGCUUAGAGCUUUACUGCCUAGACCUGGUUGGAAUCAAUGUGAAUGGACAAAAGCUCUCAAUUCCUGCUUCGGUGUUUUCGUCGCCAGGGACGAUCAUCGACUCCGGGACCGUCAUAUCGCGACUGCCGCCCACCGCGUAUACCGCUUUGCGGGACGUGUUUCGGGCAGCGAUGAUAAGCUAUCCGUUAGUUCCGGGGCCGGAAAAGCUCCUAGAUACAUGCUACGACCUUAGUGGCUAUCCAACGGUGACGUAUCCGAAAAUAGAAUUUGUGUUCGGCGACGGGGUUACGUUGGAAUUGGACGCAACCGGCAUUGUCUACCUUUUCGACGGUUCGAAUAAGCAGGUUUGCUUGGCUUUUGCUGGGAAUGAUGAUGCUAAUGACAUUGCGAUUUUCGGGAAUACUCAGCAGAAGAAUAUGGAGGUGUUGUAUGACGUUGCCGGAGGGAGAGUUGGAUUUGCUCCCGGCGGUUGCUGAUGAAUGUUUCAAAGUUAUAUUUUUGCAUGCAAUUUAUACGAAAGACUAUAAAUUGUAACCGAAUCGAAGUUCCUAGAGCAAACACAAUUUACAAUAUCAAAUAAUAAGGCACUAGAGGCUUCUCUAGGAACUAUAUUGGUCCAAAAAGCGCCAUCAUUAAGAUUAUAACCUAAGUUGCUGUAAGUUUGCCUCGUUAAAGAUAUAUUAUUGCAUGCAAUUAUUGUACUGUACUAUUGUACGUUUAGUGUUUUGGCAAUAUUGUAAUAUUGAACAGUACCAUAUA